CUUCAGUCUCGCUACCAGCUCCUCUUGAGCUCCAGGUUUUGGGAUUGAAAUACAUCUGCAUUGUCCAAGCUACCUAGUGGGAUAGGACCUUGCUACAAGCGUGUUGGACUUACUGUCAUUCUCUGUCUCCUCCGUACUAUCAAGCCUUACUUAUCCGCCAUGCCCGAGUUAGCGGAGGUCUCGCGCAUAGUGCAUUUCCUUCGCCAACACCUCGUGGGCAAGGUCCUUUCCAAGGUCUCUGUCCAAAAUGACGAUAUUGUCUACGGAAAGGCGGGAACCACCGCUGCGGAGUUUCAAAAGGCAGUGGAGGGAAAGAAAGUUGCUGGUGCCGGGCAACAGGGCAAGUACUUUUGGAUUACUAUGGCAUCGCCGCCUCACGUUGUAAUGCAUUUUGGUAUGGCGGGUUGGCUGAAGAUCCGAGACGCCGAUACAUACUACUACCGGACAGACAAACCAGAGGAUAAAGAGUGGCCACCUAAGUAUUGGAAGUUCUUACUCGAGACCGAUGGUGAACCGAAGACAGAGGCCGCUUUUGUGGAUUUUCGCCGACUGGCCCGGAUACGACUGGUGGACUGCCCGGCAGACGAAAUCCGCAAGUAUAGUCCUCUCAAGGAGAAUGGCCCGGAUCCGGUUGCCGAUAAAGAAGUUGUGACGGUGGAAUGGCUUGCGAAGAAGGUGGGCAGCAAGAAGGUUCCCAUCAAAGUCCUUCUUCUGGACCAAGCGAAUAUAAGCGGAAUUGGUAACUGGAUGGGGGACGAGAUUCUCUAUCAUGCCAAGAUACAUCCAGAGCAAUACAGCAACACCUUGAAUGGCGACCAAAUAAAAGACCUCCACUCGGCUAUGCAUUACGUCUGCUCGACCUCAGUUGAUCUGCUGGCAGAUUCUGAAAAGUUUCCCGCGGACUGGUUGUUCAAACAUCGGUGGAGCAAGGGCAAGAAGAAUACACCCUCCGUGCUACCUAAUGGAGACAAGAUCACCUUCGUUACAGUUGGUGGCAGAACCAGUGCAGUGGUCCCAAGUGUGCAGAAGAAGACGGGGCCAGUAGCCAAAGACAUCGACAGCACCGAUUCCCACAGUCCGCCAGCUAAAACUAAACGGAAACGGGCGCCGGCGGUAAAGGAAGAGGGUGAGCCGGAAGGCAGCGACAAUACCAAACCGAAGAAGGCGGGACCUAAGAGACAAAACAAGACGUCCAUCAAGAAGGAAGAUGAACCCGAGACCAAAAUGCCAGAAGAAACGCCAUCCACACGAAGGCGCUCGAGCCGGCUUAAGAAAUAAGGCAUUCUGUCUGUUCCAAUUUCUAUCCUAUGAUAUGGACACCCCUGUUAUAGACUUGUGUUACAUACAAUAGUUUAAUAGAGGACAAUGUUUGCC